AUGUUUGAUGGUGCAGAUCUAAUUGCAUAUACAGGGCCGAAUCUAGGAUCCGUGACCGUGCUUAUGCUGGUGAUCGCCAUUGUACGUUAUUACAGAGAUCCGGCAGAGGAUGCGCAAUCUCCUUUAAACUGCACACCCAGUAUGAACGGACUCGUACAGAGCUCACAGACAAUAGUCUCCAGUGCUCCUCAUGUUGGUGCGGCUCUUCGUGCUAGGUCAAUCCGGCGCUGCAGCGAGAGGCUUCCCCUUCAGAAUGGCUGCCUGUCGCUUCUCCACAAGGCACCGAUGGCAGCCAGCGAUGGCACACCACCGCGUAGUUCAUUGCGUUUGAUCGCAGCCCGCAGAAGUAUUCUCCGGAGCACAGAAGCAGCUGCCGUGAGCGGUCAAGCCGGUCGCCCAUUUGCGCAGCAUCUCGGACGUUGCUCCUCUAGUCCGAUAGGUUCGCUCAGUACUCUCGCAUUCUCCCAGUGCUUCUGGUAUAGGAACGAUUCGAUGGCUGGCCUUGAUAUCCGCUGCGGACUAUUCACGGCCGACCACAUGCAAAGCGGCCCUGUAUUACCACUCUUUUACCUUCCAGACUUAGCCAGGUGCAACCCGUCGACUCAAACCCAGCUUCAGCAGCCAGUUGUUAGCACACGGACAUGCUUCGUCUCCAUCAGUUCGCACCUGAGGUUCAAGUCCCGUUCAAGGUUCUAUCGUUGA